GCCCUCCCCCGCGUCGUCUUUUGUUUCAUCGCCGUUGGUCGAAGUGGCGGUGAGAGUGGUAUUUUGCGUGAAAUUAACUCGUUUUUUGUGUGAACAGGUGCAUAUUUCAAUAAAAUAUCAACUCUAAACGAACAUUUCUAUCCUGUUUGUGUAAUUAUAUGGCAAAAUACAGUGUUGAUAUGUGUUUUUUACGAGUGCUUGGUUCCCUAAAAAUUUGUGAGUGAUAGGGUGGUGAUCCUUGUAGAUUUUGUCCAUCGUAAUGGACCGACUUCCCGCUCACAUCGUUGGAAUUUAAAACAUUUGCAGGUGGCAGCAUGGACGAGGGUCUGCUGAACGACCUGCUGGAGUGCUCGGUGUGUCUCGAGCGACUCGACACAUCCUCCAGAGUGCUACCAUGCCAACACACGUUCUGCUUGAAAUGUUUGAAGGUGAUAGUGGAAUCGCACAAGGAGCUCCGCUGCCCGGAGUGCCGCGUGCUGGUGGAGGCGCGCGUGGACGAGCUGCCGCCGAACGUGCUCCUCAUGAGGAUCCUGGAGGGCAUGAGGAACGCGCCCCGCAAGCCCGCGCCCGCCGCCCGGCAGCGCGCCGCCCAUUCACACCAGGGCCAGCCUGCUUCGGGCCACUUCCAAAGCGCCAAGCAGCCGCCGCCGCACGCGCGCGCCCUCUAUGACUACAUCUCUAAGGAAGCCGGCGACCUGUCGUUCAAGAAGGGCGAGACGAUACUCCUGCAAAAGCGGCUGGACCCGUUUUGGUAUCAGGGCGAGAGCGGCGGCCGGACGGGGGUCUUCCCCAUUACCUUUGUACAGGUGCUAUACCCGCUGCCGGUCCCGACGGCGCUGUGCAAGGCGCUCUAUGACUUCAAAAUGUCCGCUCCUGAUGAGGAGGGGUGUUUGGCGUUUGAUAAAGGGGCAAUAAUCACGGUGCACCGCCGAGUGGACGAGAACUGGGCGGAGGGGCGGCUGGAGGAGCGCGUCGGGAUAUUCCCGAUCGCGUUCGUCGAGCUCAACUCCGCGGCCAGACAGCUGAUGAACACCCCCCCUCUGAACCGCGCGGUGCCGCCGCUGCCCGACGGCCGCGCGCCGCACCCCGAGCAUCGACACCACACGCAGCACCCGCACCGCUACCAGCCGAUGUCGCUAUCGACACCCUCCUCACAGGCCACCUACCAGAACGUGGCUGCCAUGAGCCAGUCGCACCCCACCUUCCAGCAGCCAAUGUUGGCCCCAACCUCCCAGAUCCUGCUCCCCACACAGAUCAGCCACCUCGGCCACGGCCUCGUCACCACCACCGCCGUGCCCAGAAACAUCAUGGAACCAAACAACACCAAACAUUUGGAGCUAAUACACAUGACCAACAUGCACAAUAAGAGCCAUCUGACAACUAUGGGGCUGCAGAGCGUCUCGAGAAUAAACGACGGCUUCGAUAGACUCCGAACUGUUAAAUAUGACAGCUACAAUUCAACCCCGGUUCACCACAAAACGGAAACGACAUAUCAAAACGUACGCGUGCCGGUUUCUGUAGCCACGUUUAAUACUAACAACUCGUCGGAUUCAAGUUCGAGCGCAAACACGCCGUCUGUCGGGGUCAGUUCGACUACCACGCCUAAUACUAGCUCCAAUACUAGCUCGUGCGAAAGCGCUGAGCCUAGCGUGCCUAGCUCACCGGACAACGCCGAGAGAAAUGCUACCACUACACCAAACACUUCCCAGAACACAACGCAAGACGAAAGCACAGAAACGGCAGACGUGAACCAAUCAAUGGGCGUUCUCAGUUUGAACGAGAGCUCCACGGCGACCAAUACGUCUCUGAAUGUUAGUUUACCGGCUGAAUCGGCGAAUGAGUCGGCCGAAAGUGCUAGCAAAGAGCCUACAAGUCUGAAUGUUCCGUCGACGUCUAAGAAUCAGAAUCGAUCGAGCGGCCCCGAUUCGUUGUUGAGCUUCGGUCUUGGGUUGCAAGCGGCGUUGUCGCCGUGUCACGGGAAGGAUAAGAAUUAUAUGACGAGAGCGCACAGGGAACAUAACCACAGGGAUAAGAGGCACAGUUUGACGCCCUCCACGCAUCUCAACGCGAAUCAUUCUCAGAAUAGGCAUUCAGCGGAGAUCCUGGCAACCAGUCUGCUGUCUCACUCGCCGCGCGGCUCCCGCUCGCACAGCGCCGAGCGCCUGCCCGCGGCCUACCUCGCGCUGCACGCGUACAGCCCACAGCGGCCCGACGAGCUGCCGCUGCGCAAGGGAGGCAUAUACGUGGUGGUGGAGCGGUGCCGCGACGGCUGGUACAAGGGGCGCUCGGAGCGCGGGGGGCGCUGCGGAGUGUUCCCCGGCAACUACGUGGCGCCGCGCCCCCAGCACCACGCCGCGCCGGUGGCACAGCCGCAAGCGGCGGCAGUGAAGACACCGGCGGCAGCCACCGUGCCGCCCGCGCCGCCGCGCGCCGCGAGCCCCGUCGCUAACACUGUCCAACCAGCGUCGUACCCGUGGACUCCGUCGGCGCAGCCUCUGCAGAGCACGCCCAAGUCUGACAAGUCCAAAGACAAGUCGAAACCCGAAAAAUCCACUUCAACGGGCGUGAGUCUCAUGAAGCGACUGGCGGCGAUGAAGAAGUGCAAGUCGCCGCCUCCCGCCGGCUACAGCAUGGACAACCCCGUGUUCGAGGACUCGCCCGGCACCUCCGUGGUGGCCACGCAUCACCCUGUACAUGUCAGGGCGGGCUCGUGUCCGUCGCAGCUGCUGGGCGCGCCGGCGGAGCGUCCGCACAGCCAUCGCGUGCGCGUUCGCGAGCGAGCCUCCGUGCUGCCGCAGCACAGCCGGUCGGGCGACAGUCCGUGGCAGGCGCAGCACCGCAAGUCGCAGUCGCUGGACGCGAGCGCCGCGCGCCGCGAGCGACACCACUCGCAGACCGUCAAGGAGAGAUACCGCUGCAUAGUCCCGUACCCGCCCAACUCUGAAUACGAGCUCGAGUUACAACUAGACGACAUCGUGAUAGUGCACAAGAAGCGCGCCGACGGCUGGCUGCGCGGCACCCACCAGCGCACGGGCCGCUCGGGGCUGUUCCCCGCCUCCUUCGUGCAGAGCUGCCCGGAGUGACGUCACACGGGCGACCUCGUGACAGUGCACAAGAAGCCUGACAGUCUGUCUGACUUAUUCGUAUUUUAUUGAAUUUAACGUUUGCAUGGACUGUUUAAGUAUGCGGCGGUGUGUUUCUUAUGGGAUUACGAAGGAAAAAAACAGGUUUUUCACUUACAUUUUAUUUUGAAUAUUUAACACUCACAAAAAUAUUCGAACAAGGCCUAUCGACAACUUAAAACGAUUGAACAUUUAGGAAGUAGGUACAUAAUUAGUGUCAAAGUCAUUUUAAAUUCAAAAUUUUCAUAGGCAUUUCAAAGACACACAUUUUCUAAGGAUCCGAUGAUGAAAUGAGUUCGCGAUCCUAAUGGGUAUGUGUUUAACGUUUCAUGCUUUGAGCUACUUACUACUUUUUUAAAUUAUUUGGCUAAGGUACUGUGUGAUUACCUUGAUAAAUACAUAAUAUAUGAAAAUAUGUCUCCAUUUAACACAUCAGAAAUCACAAUAUUACCAUAAGCAAGAGAUCAUAACAGUAGGUGCGAUACCUACGUAAGUAUGUAUAAAAUAUAAAUAGUAGGCGGUAAUGUUUAGUAAUUUCCAUAAAAUAUCGAGUCAGGAUCUCUAGUAUUAACAAGACAUUUCAGGGAUAGAAGAGUAUUUUUCUUGAAACUAGGUUUAUUUUGUGUUUAAUUUCUAACUUUGACUGGCGGCUUAUUAACCUGUAAUGGGGACUGAAUUUUGCCCUAACCUUGACGUGGAAUCGUAUUUGUUUUUUUUAUCGUAGAAUACGAUCUCAAAUUGAGGCCAUAAUAUCGAGACGGUUAAGGGAAGGCAUACAGUAGAUAAUGCCGUCAGGCAGAUGUCACCAUAGUGAGUUCUUUGCCAUUCUUCAUUUUGAUUCAUUUCAUAAAAAAACCUAGUGGGCCAAGUAUCCAGGAAACAAAGUAUUUUCAUAAUUUGAAACCUUUUGAAGCAAUAAAAAUAGACACUUUUAUUUCGUAAGUUAUACAUAAUAGUUAUAAACAAAACAUAUUCUAUUUUUAAUAUUUAGAUUUUAAAUAUAACUU